CGGUCCAGUACUGGCGUCUUUGCUGAGGGUCACAUUGAGCUUCCAGCGACUUCAGGGGCAUCUUUAGGAGUCAGCACUAUGGCAGAAGACAUCAAGACCAAAAUCAAGAACUACCAGACUGCUCCUUUUGAUAGCCGCUUCCCCAACCAGAACCAGACCAGGAACUGCUGGCAGAACUACCUGGACUUCCACCGCUGUGAGAAGGCAAUGACCGCUAAAGGGGGUGACGUCUCCGUGUGCGAAUGGUACCGGCGUGUGUACAAGUCCCUCUGCCCCAUAUCGUGGGUGUCAGCUUGGGACGACCGCCGGGCAGAAGGCACAUUUCCUGGGAAGAUCUGAACUGGCUCCA